GGGUCUUUUUACUACCAUCCCAUGGUGGUGGUCUCUUUUCCUUAUAUCCUUCUAUACGAACAUCUUUUCUCGUUUUCGCUGUCGAACCCUUUUUUUCCUCGUGAUCCCCAGACGCUGAGAGAACGACGACAUGGCAAUGAGCGAUCCUCGAACUACACCAGCCAGACCGGCACCAUCAGGACUUACGAGCAAUCUCGUCAACCCGCAUAGCACUGGAUAUCAACAAACGACAUGUAAUAUUCUCUGUCUGAUUUUCGUCACCAUGUUUGUGGGCAUGAGAAUCUACACACGGAUCAGACUUGUCAAAUGUGUCAGCUGGGAUGACUAUCUUAUUAUACUGGCUACAUUGGUGUUUUAUGCCGAUGCGGGUUUGUUUCAAUAUAUUGUCAAAGUGGGCUUGGGUAGACAUCUAUGGGACGUCAGUGCCGCAGACUUUUCACCAACUUUUUUGGAGGUAUGGACGUUUGCAGCCAUGAUCUAUUCGGUGUCGAUGUUGUUGAUCAAAAUGUCGAUUUUGAUGUUGUAUAGGAGAUUGUUUCCGAUCAACAACUUCAAGUAUCUUUGGUGGGUUUGUGCUUUUUGUACGGUGGGGUAUGGGUUGGGUGCUCUUUUUUCGAGUUUGUUUGCUUGUGUGCCUGUGAGGGCGAAUUGGGAUUUGAAUAUUGAGCCUACGAGGUGUAUCAAUAAGAAGGCAUUUUACAUUGGUAAUGGUGUGAUGAAUAUCUUUACCGACCUUUUAAUCUUGUGUCUCCCUAUCCCCAUCGUCUGGAGGUUGACUCUCGAGUUGAGACAGAAGAUUAUCCUCAGUGUCGUCUUUACACUAGGUUCAAUCUCUUGCGUCAUCAGUCUAGUCCGCCUCCUCAGCAUCAUAACCUGGAUCCACGUAGGCGAUGCAGACAUAACCUACACCCUCCAAAGCAUAGUAGCCUGGUCUGAAAUCGAACUAGCAGCCUGCAUAAUCUGCGCCAACGCACCCUGUCUCCGCCCUUUCUUCACCACCCACCUCCCCUUCCUAUCUCUAUCAGCCAACUCCGCAUCCACAGCACCUUCCUCCACACACCCCCACCCCACCACAAUAGGAGGCAAGAGAUCGAGAGCAAUCUCACCAUAUCCAAAUGAUAUGGAUGCAAUCUUCGACGGCACCCAAGACGUUGAACUCGAGAAUUAUGAUGUGGAAAUGUGUGCUUCUUCUUCUUCUUCCCCUGAAGAAGUGCAUAAAAGAGGCAUAACCACAAAACACUCUUAUGCAAAACAUGGCUAUAAACCAUCUACAGGGAACAUGACGAUUGUUUCUGUUUCCAGAACUGGAGGGCAAGGAGGAGGGAUCAGUAGAGUGGGGAGUCGAAGGACUAGUUCGGACGAGGAUAGCUGUAGUGGGAAAAGUGUUGUUUUGAUAGGGAGACAGGGGAGCUUGAGGAGUAUUGGGGAAGAGAGGAGGGGGAGGGGGAUGGGUAGAGAGGGAAGGGGAGAAGAAGAGGAAGAAGGGAGGAUUGUGGUGCAUACUACUUAUCAGGUACAGACUGUUAGGGAGGAUGUUUGAGAGGAAAGUGGAUGGUGAUGGGAAAUCUUAAUGUCUUCUAAUGAUAAAAUUGGUG